CGAUUGUCAAGCUUGUUUUGUCAACAUAAUCAUGUCAAAAUUGUGCAAUGUUUUUCAUUUGUUUUCCUCCCAUUCCUUUUAGAGAAUAAAUUCGUAAACAUUGCAUGGUACGCAACAAUCGAUUUCGCAUUUGUUGACGUGUCGUUUACAGCACCCGCUACGUACACCGCACGUCCCGAGCAUGCGCUGAUGUUCCUCAGCAACCUGUUUGGUCUGUUGUAACUUGGAAAGACGAUCCCAAUUACCAUGGAGAGUAGAAACUAAUAGUGGCGAUCACGAAUGAUUGCUAGCAGUCAUACCGUUAACAAGGAACCCUCUCGUUCGUUUAAAACAAUCGAAAACAAGCUUUAAGCUCGCUUUGUUCCAACAAUGCUACCUCCAGCAACCGAACCGAAGAUGAUAUUUCGCGUGUUUAGCUUUAUCUACUUCCUGUCGAGACCACUGUUGAAGUGGUUACUGCACCGUUUCACCAAUCUUUGCGAGCUGCAACGCAUCUGCUACGGUUGUCCGCCGGGUGCCACACGCACGAAGAAGGUACAGUUGUCGCUGGAGCUGUCCCGCCGCUUGCCAAUCAAGAAAUUGCUUCACAUCCUAAACGAGCUGGUCAGCAACGACGUAGACGAAACGUUUUUACGCCGAGAAAUACAAACCCGAGCCGUCGGAACGGUGCUGCAGGUGAAGAAGAUCAACCCAAAGGUACACAUCGAUUUUCCACGAUCGUUCGGUUCGUGUGCGGAAAGAAUAUGGGGCUACAAGCGGUUAUACUAUAUGGUGGAGAAAUUGCGCGCCACACAGUACGAUAGCGAGGAACCGGAACACGAGGCAAAGCUGUUGAUGCUGUGGAAGUUGUUGGUGGGAGAUGAGAUGGUACUUACCGGGCGUAUCACCGAUCAGUGGCAGCACAUUGGAUUUCAGGGAGAUGAUCCUUCGACGGACUUCCGCGGCAUGGGUGUGCUCGGGCUAGAUAAUUUACUUUUUCUUGCACAAAACUACAAUGGUACCGCUCGCCAUUUACUGUCACACUCGCACCAUCCAAAGCACGGAUACUUUUUCGCGAUCGUUGGUAUCAACCUAACGUCGAUGGCGUACCACCUGCUAAAGUCCGGAUCCGCCCGUACACACUUUUACAACCAUCCGCAGCAUCAUCUGACGGUGGACACGUUCCACCAGUUCUACUGCUAUCUGUUUUACGAGUUCGAUCGGUACUGGGUCGAGUGUAAACCAAAGAACAUAAUGGACUUUAACCACAUCCAGCGACGGUUUGAGGAAAAUAUUCUUAAGCUUCUUGCCAACGAUGGGUGUUGCUUCAAGAUGAACCUUUCGGUGGAGGACGUUUAACGUCGGCGCUGGGUUUCUGUCCUGCCACUUUUCCAGUUUUACUCCCUCCUCUUUCAGUAUGGCUUUGCCGGUUUGCCUUUUUGUAUCAGGAUUAGAAUCGUUUUACAAUUACUGUUCUUUUUGUGUUCUGCUCCUUAAUGCGAUUCGCUGUUUGGUGGUAGUUUCCGGAUUGUGAUACCAAGUGUUUGCGCACAACCCACUAACAUACACCCCCCUAAUGUUUGAUGCAGAAACGUUGAGGUCGUUCUAGAAUAAUAUUAUAAGUCACACUAACACACGUACACCGCAAGUGCAAUCUAGUGAGAAAAUAAUGUAAAAGCUUUUUUAGGAAUAUCUAAUAUGAAACAUA